GCUACAUUUCCUACAUGUUAAGCUAUCUUCGUCGUUUCAGCAUUUAUAAAAUAUUUAAAUUUUAACGCGUAGAAUAAAACAUUCGAAAAAAUGUGGACCGUUGACAAGUUUUUAAUAUUUGAGCUAGAAACUGGUGGACAAUUUUGGGGAUGGCUUGGAAUCAUCAUUAAUACAAUAAGUGUAGUUUUAUUAUUCUUGACAAUCCUAUUUUUGAACUCAAUCACCUGUGAUGAUGUUUUGACAUUUUUGAAGGAACUAAAUGCUAAUGAUGGAUUGUCAUAUGAGCAAUGUCAAGCAUUGCAUGUUGGCAUCAAGGGAUUCAUAAUAAUCUCCAUACUUUUGCUAAUGGUUGGCUUGAUACUUCUGACUCUUCUGGUUCUAGGAAUUAAAAACAGAAAUCAUUGCCAGAUACUUCCCGCUGCCAUUGCUCAAGGAAUUGAUGCUGUAAUAAUCCUCAUUUUUGCACCAUUUUCAGGAUCAUUUAGAUCUUUUCUAUUUUUAACUUUUGUCGGCGUCAUUUGGUUCUAUAUGUUCGUAGUUUUGAUUUCAUUGUAUAAGAAGAUUAAGGAUGAGAAAAGAGGAGCUUACAAUGCACAGAUUGGAAAGAUUUUCAGCAUAAUUCCAAUUGUGUUCUCAAUAAUCUUGUUCCUUAUUGGCUUGUUCAUGUCAUGUGAUAAUGUUCAAAAGAUUAUUGAAAGACUUCCAGAAGAAAACGAUUUGAAUUGCUUUACUGCAAAAAUUGGUUUUGGAGUCUUCUUGAUUAUUGUUAUUGCUGUGUACGCAGUUUUUUAUUACAUCUAUAAUCUCCUCAUUAGAGGCAUCAAUAAUCGUAACCACAGCCAAGUUUGUCCAGCACUUAUUUGUGAAGUUCUUUCAGUUGUUUUUUGCAUACUAGGAGUGAUAUUUUCAAAAGCAAUUGGAUGGAUCAUUUACUACGUCAUUGGAAGCAUUUUUUCGUUGUAUGUUACAAUUGUCCUUUACUCAAUUUAUGCAAAUAUUAAGAGCGGGAAAAGCAAUCCACAAGUUGCACAAUAUUCAGGGCCAUAGAAUAAUGUUUUGAUUAGCUUUAAUAUAAAAAAAUUAUUUAAAAGUUUUAUUAUUGAUCAAUUUUGAGAGAAGCCUAAUCCUACCACAGGAUCAAUGCUCAGCCUAGUAAAUGUAAGUGAAAGUGUUCCUAAAAUCAAAAAAAAUAUCCUCAUAAAUUUUAUUUAAAAUAAAAAUUACGAA